CUCCAGGGCAAGUCACGCUCAGGAUUUUUCUAUCAAUUUUAUGUCGAUUAUUGAUUAGGAUGGAUUCCCCUCAAGAGGGUGAGGACGCGGUCAGUGGAAAUGAGACAGGCAGAGCAGCAUGUGCCGUGUCCAGUCACGUGUCCCUGAAGAGCGAGGAGUCCGUUACUCAUGGACAUCAGGGAGUCAGCAAAGGACAAGUGCAAUUCAGUGCAGGACCACAGCCACACAGACCAGUGUCUCCAGUGCCCAGCUGUCUGUCUAUGAAGAGUGACAUGUCCAUGGAUCCCCCUUACAGUUUCAGCAGUGGACCACCACAAUAUGAUCCAAGACCACAGACACACAGACCAGUGUCUCCAGUGCCCAGCUGUGUGUCUAUGAAGAGUGACAUGUCCAUGGAUCCCCCUUACAGUUUCAGCAGUGGACCACCACAAUCUGAUCCAAAACCACAGCCACACAGACCAGUGUCUCCAGUGCCCAGCUGUCUGUCUAUGAAGAGUGACAUGUCCAUGGAUCCCCCUUACAGUUUCAGCAGUGGACCACCACAAUAUGAUCCAAGACCACAGACACACAGACCAGUGUCUCCAAUGCCCAGCUGUGUGUCUAUGAAGAGUGACAUGUCCAUGGAUCCCCCUUACAGUUUCAGCAGUGGACCACCACAAUAUGAUCCAAGAAUGAGAAAGCCAGUGUCUCCAGUGCCCAGCUGUGUGUCUAUGAAGAGUGACAUGUCCAUGGAUCCCCCUUACAGUUUCAGCAGUGGAGCACCACACUCUGAUCCAAGUGGGAGUAGGAAUACCCUGACCCAGGAUCAGUCCAGGUGUGGAGUGUGUGAGCAGCUACUGAGGGACCCAGUCAUCACCGGCUGUGGACACAGUUUCUGCAGGCAGUGCAUCAGCAGCCACUGGAGCCAGUCUGGUCCAUCAGGAGACUACAGCUGUCCCCAGUGCAGAAAGAGACCCAGAACACAUCUCAUUACAAACCCUGACACAACUAUGCCACAACCACUUGUAUAUCCACAUACAUCCAUGCCACAACCUCAUACAUACCCACCUGCAACCAUGACACAACCUCACCUAUACCAACCUACAACCAUGGCACAACCUCGCUUAUACCCACCUACAGCCAUGGCACAACCUCACCUACACCAAUCUUCAGCUAUGGCACAACCUCACCUAUACCCACCUAAAGCCAUGACACGACCUUUGUCAUACCAACACAGUGAAAUGGCACUUCAUCUGAACUCUAACAUGGCACAAGUUCCUCCAUACCCACACACAGACACGGGACAGCAUCCUCAGUACUCAGACUCAGCCAUGGGGCAGCAUAAUCAUCCACACAUCCAGCACCCUCUUUAUCCACACAUCCACAUGGCACAGAUCUCUUCACAGUCUCCUUUAGAUGAGCACACAGUCAUGAGAGGCAGCACCCAUCUGCCAACUGAGCAUGCUCCAGUCAAAAGGGCCAAACUAACAGACAACCAUGAUCUGAACAGAGUACUGAUGACCCAUAAAGCCAGUAUGAAGAGGAGGUUUGAGAGCAUAUGUGAAGGUAUCAUAAGGUCAGGGACUCAAACACUCCUGAACAAGAUCUACACAGAGCUCUACAUCACAGAGGGAGAGAGUGAAGGGGUGAAUAAUGAGCAUGAGGUUUGGCAGGUGGAGUCAGCAUCCAGGCCACAAACUACAGAAGACACAGCAAUCAACUGUAAUGAUAUCUUCAAGCCCUUGCCUGGACAGGAGAGACACAUAAGAACUGUCAUGACCAAGGGGAUUGCUGGCAUUGGAAAAACCGUCUCAGUGCAGAAGUUCAUCCUUGACUGGGCAGAGGAGAGAGCUAACCUGGAUGUAGAUUUCAUUUUUGUGCUUCCGUUCCGUGAGCUGAAUUUGGUCAAACACGAUCAGUACAGUCUUCACAGGCUCCUGCUUGACUUCCACCCUGAGCUUAGAGAGCUACAAGAUGGUGAAUACAAAGAUUGCCACAUUGUGUUCAUCUUUGAUGGUCUGGAUGAGACUAGACUUUCACUGAAUUUCCAAGAGAACCAGAAGUUGUCUGAUGUGACACAAACAUCAUCAGUGGAUGUGCUGAUGACGAGCCUCAUUGAGGGAACUUUGCUUCCCUCUGCUCUCAUCUGGAUAACCUCCCGACCUGCAGCAACCAGUCAAGUUCCUUCUCAGUGCAUCAGUCAGGUAACAGAAGUACGAGGAUUCAAUGACCCACAAAAGGAAGAGUACUUCAGGAAGAGAGUCAGUGACCAUAAUCAAGCCAACAGAAUCAUCUCACACAUUACAGCAACCAGGAGUCUUCACAUCAUGUGCCACAUGCCAGUCUUCUGUUGGAUCUCAGCCACUGUCCUUCAGAAAAUACUGGAACAGGAUGAUGGGAAGGAAGCCCCCAAAACUUUGACUGAGAUGUUCAUACACUUCCUGCUCAUCCAGACCACCAGGAAGAACCAGAAGUAUCAAGAAGAAAGUGAGACAGAUAGACAGAGCCUCCUAGAAUCACAUAAGGGUGUCAUAUUGAAACUAGCAGAGCUGGCUUUCAAGCAUCUGGAGAAUGGCAAUCUCAUGUUCUAUGAGGAAGACCUGAGAGAGUGUGGCAUUGAUGUCAGUGAAGCUUCAGUGUACUCUGGCAUGUGCACUGAGAUCUUCAGGGAGGAAUGUGUGUUUCACCACAAGAAGGUCUACUGCUUUGUGCAUCUGAGCAUCCAGGAGUUUCUUGCUGCACUUCAUUUGUUUGCCUCCUACUUGAAUAAGAACAUGAAGGUCCUGGAGGCAUUUCUUAGCAGAAAGUCUAGGUCUUUACCAGAUGUGCCUCUUGAUGAGUUGCUGAAGAAUGCAGUAAACAAAGCCUUGGAAAGCAAGAAUGGACACCUUGAUUUGUUUGUUCGCUUCCUUCAUGGCAUUUCUCUGGUGUCAAAUCAGAGACUUUUGCUUGGCCUCCUGACACACACACACAGCAGCCCAGACAGUGUUAAGAAAACCAUCAAGAACCUGAAGGUGAUGCAGAGACAAAAUAUCUCCCCUGAGCGGUGCAUCAACCUGUUCCACUGCCUGGUGGAAAUGCAUGACUCUUCUGUUCAUGAUGAAAUCCAGGCUUUCCUGAAGGCAGAGAAAGGUGCUGUGAAACAGCUCACAUUGGCUCACUGCUCAGCCUUGGCUUAUGUGCUUCUGAUGUCUGAUGAGGUGCUGGAUGAGUUUGACCUGAAGAAAUACAAAACUUCAGACGAGGGACGGAGGAGACUGGUGCCAGCUGUGAGAUGCUGCAGAAAGGCACUGUGA